AGUUAAUUUUUCACAAAAGAAAUGAAUUCUGUUUUCUUUUGUAAAGAGUUUGUGUCGUGUGCUUUUUAUUUUGUAUUUUAAUUGAAUUCAUCUUAAUGAUAAGGGUGUAUACUGGAAUUGAAAACUCUUUUUGUAAAUGCAUUAUUAGAAACAUCAUUGUUUGUUGCUUAUCUAGAUUUUUUAUUUAAUCGAUAUGACUUGAUUGCUUUAAGCUGUACGCUAGAUAAACUUACCCUUUCAUAUAAUUAUGUAAAUUAUAUAGUGUCGGUUAGUUUAUUUCAUUUUUGAUUAAUAAUGUUAACGCCUGGUGUGAGGAUAGUUAGGGGACCAGAUUGGUCAUGGGGAAAUCAAGAUGGUGGUGAAGGUCAUGUGGGAACUGUUUGUGAAAUAGGCAAAGCAGGUACUGUAGGUUCUCCUGAAAGGACAGUAGUUGUUCAAUGGGAUAAUGGUACUAGAACAAACUACAGAGUUGGAUAUUUAUCAAAAUAUGAUCUUAGAGUUGUUGAUAAUGCACAAAUUGGUGUUAAACAACCAAAUAUCAUUUGUGACGGUUGUAGCGGACAAGGUAUAAGUGGAAUGAGAUAUAAAUGUGCUAUCUGUUAUGACUACGACCUUUGUUACAUGUGCUAUCAUGGAGAUAAACACAAUACCACUCAUACUUUCAAAAGAUUUGACUCAGUGACAUCUUUGGGAAUUGAUUUACCUCCAAGAUCAGAAGGGAGAAAAUGUGAGUUAAGAGGUAUAUUUGUUGGAGCUAAAGUUGUAAGAGGAUAUAGUUGGGAAUGGGGAAAUCAAGAUGGAGGAGAAGGAAAAAUAGGCGUUGUCUUGGAUAUACGUGGUUGGGACAAUGAAAGUAGUAGAUCUGUAGCCAAUGUGAGAUGGUAUUCGGGCUCUACCAAUGUAUAUAGAAUAGGUCAUAAAGGAAAUUGUGAUAUAAAAUUUGUAGAAUCUGCUUCUGGUGGACAGUACUAUCCAGAACAUCUUCCUAUACUAGGCCAAAAUGUAGAUCCUGUAGUUCGACCAGGUAGAUCUGGUCCUUGUCCAUUUACUGUAGGUGAUAAAGUACAAGUAAAUGCUUCUGUAGAGCAGCUCAAAGCAAUGCAACAGGGUCAUGGUGGCUGGAAUCCCAGAAUGGCAGAGUACAUCGGAAAAAUAGGUACAGUGCACAGAGUAACUGAUAAAGGUGAUAUAAGAGUCCAGUAUGAAGGGUGUAAUAAUAGAUGGACAUUUAAUCCCAUUGCUUUGAAUAAAGUGAACAGUUUUGCAGUUGGAGAUGUGGUUACUCUAAUAACUGACGUUGAAAAAGUAAAAGAACUUCAAAAAGGACAUGGAGAAUGGAUAGAAAUUAUGAGAAAUUCUUUGGGAAAGCUUGGAAAAAUUUUAAAAGUAUAUUCAGAUGGUGAUUUGAGAGUUCAAUUAGAAGGACAUGCAUGGACUUUACAUCCCCAGUGUGUUAGAAUAGUACCAGGAAGUGCUGCAGAAUUGGCAAAUACAAUGCAUGCAGUACAAAAUCAAAGACAGGAACCAUCAAUACAAUGGUCUCCAAACCAACAAGCAGAUGGUCUUAGUAAUGGAUUAGCAGAUCAACUUGUACGUGCAGCAGCUCAAGGACACUCAGAUGCAGUUCAAAGGUUACUUGAAAAUGCACCUCGAGAGACUGUAGAUGCUAGAAGUAGUGGAAAGACUGCAUUGCAGGUAGCCGCACAUCAAGGCCAUGCACAUGUUGUUGGAUUAUUAUUGAAGUUUGGAGCAUCAGUUAAUGCUAGUGAUAAUGACGGAGAUACUUGUCUGCACUAUGCUGCAUUUGGAAAUCAACCAGAGGUGUUAGAUUUGUUAGUUAAGACUGGUGUUGAAGUAAAUGCUGCCAAUCGUAGUGGAUGUACUGCUUUACAUAUAGCCGCUCACAAACAACCUGCCAAAUGUAUACAAAUAUUAUUAGCUGCUGGUUCAGAUCCAAAUUCUAUUGAUCUCUAUGGAGACACUGCCCUUCACGAUGCAAUAGGAAAGGAUAAUUUCCAAGUAAUUGAAUUGUUAUGUAAAGCUCAAGGUACGGAUUUCACGCUUCGAAAUAAGCGUGGCUUCAACGUUUUACAUCAUGCCGCCUUAAAAGGAAAAGCUUUUGCUACCAGAAAAUUACUCUGCGUAGCAAGGCAGUUAGUAGAUGUUAAAAAAGAUGAUGGAUUCUCAGCGUUACAUUUGGCAGCUUUAAACGGUCAUAAACAUGUCGUGGAAACUCUUGUUAGAGUAGGUCAGGCAGAUAUAGAUCUAAGAAACAAUAGAAAUCAAUCAGCAUUGUUGUUAGCUGUUAGCCAAGGCCACUGUGGAGUUAUAGAAUUACUGAUAAGACUGAAUGCCAAUAUAAAUGCCAAAGAUGAAGAUGAAGAUAAUGCUUUACACAUAGUACUUACAAAACGCAAUCAUUUAACUGGAGAAGCACUAAGGGAAGAUAGUCCAGGUAUUCACUCAAUCUACAAAAAUCUCGGACAUCUACAAGAAUAUCGUUUAGCUAUUACUAUAGCAUGUUUUCUUGUACAAAUGGGAAUUGAUUUAGAUGCUCCCAAUAGUAAAGGACAAACUGCAUUAAGUUUGUUACAGGAUGAACAUUUACAAGAAUUAAUCAAAAGUUAUAAACCAGUAGCUGAUGAUAAUAAUCAAAUAGAUAUUAAUCAACAAGAUAUGCCAAAUUUAGAGAGUUUAACUGUAGCAGAUGAUCAAAGAGAAGGAUAUAAUCUUACAGACACUCCUACAAAAAUUAAUCCCACUUCUGAAGGUAGUAGAAGGAGCAGACAAAAGAUAGACAGAGAUAAAGUCGGCACUUCUCAAGACAACCGUACGGCCAACUUAAUUCCCAACAAACCAGUCGAGUGUCUAGUUUGUUCUGAACUAUCAGAAGAAAACGUCCGAUUAGAACCGUGUAAUCACAAACCGGCAUGCGAGGAUUGCUCUUCAAGAAUGAAAAAAUGUUUGCAAUGCAGCCAGCCCGUACAGAAACGCGUCACCAAAGAUGGUCGCGUCAUACCGGCAAAAAGUCGACAACCUAGUGCAGAACGCAUGCGCUAUUUAGAAUGUAAGAUACAAGAAAUUGAAGAGAGUCAUGCAUGCAGUAUUUGUAUGGAAAGGAAAAGAAAUGUGGUAUUUUUGUGCGGACAUAGCACAUGUUCGAAAUGUGCGGACACAUUGAAGAUAUGUCAUAUGUGCAGGAAAACCAUUACCAAGAAGAUACCUAUUUAUUAGUAGAGUUUUGUUAAAUGAGGUUGGAAUUUAUUUUUACAUGUAAUGAACAGGAAAAACGUUGAAGAUUAUGUUAUGAAAAUAAAUGGUACUCAUUAAGCAAGUGUAGUAUCUGAAAAAACUAGAUAUAUUUAUUUCAGCUGGUUCAUAGAAAUUAUAUUUAUAUAAAUUUCGUUUUUUUAUCAAUUUUUUCUAGUUUUUCGUGAUGUUGAUCAACAAAUAAUAUUGGUGAUAUCAAUAAUUUUGACCAGAAGUGAAUAAAGUGGAAUGGAAUUUUACUAAAACUAGCUUCCUCAUAUAUCUUUUUUUGAAAUGAAAAAUUUUUCAUUGAGCAAACAAAAUAUAAUCAAACUUUUAUAUUCUAUUUCACCGAUUAAAUAAAUAACGAAGUUCAAGACUAAACAAAUUGAAAAGAAACCUUGUGCUUCAUUUGUUGAUUGUGUUGAAAAUUAGCUGAUUGUUUUUUGGGUAUAAUACUAUAAUAAUACAUUGAUUAUUAAAUUUAUUUUUUUUAUAAUCUGCAGUUUCUCUCAUUUGGAAAUUUCAGUUUUCGCCUUUUUUGGGGGGAACAAGGGUUUUCUAAAUUCAAUUUGAUUGACAAAUGGCCUACAUAAAAUCAAUGUUUCAAAAAUUGUCUUUUUUAAGUUCAAUCUGGUAUGAAAUUUAUUUCUGUAAGUUACAUUUGAUUAAAAUAUUGAACACCUGCCUUUCCUAAGUUUAUUUUCAUAAAAAUUCUCUACAAUCAUUCUCAUCAAUUGACUUUCCCAAGAAACAUUUGGUCAAAAUUCCACUACUCUAAAUUGGCUACCCAUUUUUUCAAAAAUUCUCUUUUUUGAGUAGUAUUAGGGUCACAAUUGGUAUUACCUGUUUAAUUGUUUUUAUACUAAGAUACUACCUAGAUACAUAAAAAAUUAGAAGAUAAUACCUAUAAAAUAUGACAAAAUGGAGAAUACAAUGCCUCACACCACUAGCUCAAAUCUAGAUACUUAGAUUGAAUAUCAACAUAUCAUUAUAUCAUGUUCUGUAACGAAUGAAUGUAUCAGUAUCUAUUGUGGAAUUUAUAAAAAUUUCAUAUAUUCAAUCAUUUAAUAAUGAAUCAUUAAGUAUCGUGCUUAAUACGCUUUCCAUACCAAUUUUUUUUAAAUCCUUUUAGAACAAUCACUCAACAUAAACUUCAUGUUGCUCUUCCUAUUGUAUCUUUUUAUAUCUGUAAACAAGUAAAACAAAUUAGUGAUUAUGGAAGGUGAGGCUUAUUUCCAUUGUUUUGUAUAUUCGCAAAUAUGUUUUACUCCAAACUUUGCUAUCUUAUAUUUCCAGAAUUUUUUUACUGUUUGUGGGACUAUCUGAUUCUACUAAGGUUUUAGUGAUUGUUUAUUCUUAUUUGUAAUAUUUUAAACAUCUCAAGUCAAUGCUGAAUCUAAAAAGUAUAUUUUAACCAUUAAAUAAAAGUUUUCCUACUGAAAAACUAAAGUAGUAAUUGUGUCAAUUUGAAAAACUCUAUGAUAUUUGUAUUACUUUAAUAAAUUUGGAAAUAAAUAUAUUGUCUCGUCAGUAUCCUUAUAUUGAUUUCAAAAGUCUUAAACUAAUAAAUAUCAUGUCAGUAUUUCAAAAAUUCAUUUCAAUAAUUUAUUCUUAAUGAAGAGAUUCGUAUAUAUGUUACAGUUAAAACCUGUUUUCAAUUAAUUUUUACUUUUGACUAGGGAAAACUAGUUCUCACAAAUCUCUUCAGUUGAAACUAGUUUUUACUAAUCAAACUAGAGUUAACCUUUUUAUUGGGUAGUGAAAACUAGUGUCAAUUGAAAUAAAAUUUUAUAGUGGGUAUUAUAAUUUUUUUUUUGGAUAAUUGAAUUUUAACCAACGAUGUUUAUAUAGAAUUAGCAUAAAUCAUUAGGUCAGUCUAAAUUCACUGCAUGAGAGUAUUUCUACCAGUGGAUGGGGUCUCAGAUACAACUUUAUUUCUUUGCAGUGCUAUCGUAAGAUCCUGGAAAGAAUCUUGUGUUUGUAAUCGUGUUUUGAACAAAAAAACUAAUAUACCACGGAAGCUUAUUAGAAAAUUCUGACUUUUCAGUGUUCUACUAGAAUAAAAUUUUAAAACAAUAAAUUUUUCAACAGGAAUCCCUGAAAAAGGUAGUCUCGACUGAAAAUUAUAUUAAAUGAGAGAAAACUUCUAAAACCUAGUAUUUCCUAGUGAAAAUUAUUAAAUAACUAGUUUUAACGCCGAGGGUACUACUUAACACUAGUUUUGACUAAUGAAAACAAGUCUAAACGAAAUGGGUUUGUGAAAACUAAUGUUCCAUUGUCAAAACUAGAAUUAAUUAAAAACGGAUGAUUUUAACUGUAACGUAUAUAUUUGGUUCCUGUUCAUUACAUUAAUAAAUUCUGUGAUAUCUAUAGUAUGUAAAAAUAUAUAUAACGAAUUUAUAUUAUGUACUUUAAUAGAUAUUUAUUUACGUACAUAUAUUUUUUUUUCGAUAUUUGAAUUUUUACCAACGAUAUAUCAUAGAGGUUUAUAUAGAAUGAGCAUAAAUCAUUAGGUCAGUCUAUAUUUCAAUAUUAGAAAAUAAAGAUUUUCACAUUUA